CUCUGGCAAAGAGAAGAGCCUGGUGUCAGGGGAGCCAUGGAACCAGCUGCGUUCUGAUCCAUUCUGGGAGCAGCUGGGCCCUGUCCGUGCUCAGGGGAGCCUGGGAUUGGUGACUGAGGUGGGGACCUGCGUGGGCAGGAGGGCCCGGAGAGACCUGACAGAAGGAGGAAGUAUGUCUUCAGUCCCUGGAUUCUAGGAGCUGCCCCGAAGAAGCCCCACACGAAGCUGCAUGAGAUAUCCGUUUACACUGGGGUGGGGAGUAGGGAGGACUUUUCCUGGCUCACCUGCCAAGCCUAGAAGCAUUGUUGACUCUCCUGAGAUCACAGAGGUGGCUGCACAGGCCCCACCCACUUCCUACAGCCCUGGUUCCCCCUCCCUGAGCCAAGCCCCCAAGCACCCUGGGGAGCUGCUGGGCAGGGGGCAGGGGUCUGUGGGAGCGGAGGGCUGGCACCUCCCACUCUCCCCCAGGAACCGUCAGGACAUGAGAGUCACAGGCCUCCCUAUUCCUCCUAUUCCCGUUUGCCCUGAAUGUCCCCACUACAGCAGUGGUGGACCCCAGGCCCUGACUGCCUCAAGUAUCCAAUCUGAAAAGACGCAGGCCAGCGGUACCUGCCACGCACACCGGAGGCUGAGUGUAUGGGGGCGAGUGGAGGGACUGGUGUGUACACAUGUGUGCUCAGCUCAGGAGUGAGGAGCCCUGGCCUAGCGGGAGGUGGUGGGCGACAUACACGAGGGUCCAGCUCUGACCCUCAUUCCGCCCCUCCUCACUUCUGCUCUCUGGACCCAAACCAGAGGAUCUGGUCUAGAUGAGCCUCGUCGAACUGUACGUAUAUAUGCAAAGGCCAUUGUUCUGGGGAGGGGCCGUAGCUUUCAUCAGUGUACCCAAAGCAGAAGAACCUCGCUCUAAAACCCGCUGACCCAGCCUGACCCCUUCAGAACCUCUGCUGGGCUCACCCCGGCUUCAGAGCAGGCAAGGAGAAGCACAGGGGGGCCACAACCAGUCCUCAAAGCCCUGGGUUAAGGAUGCUUCUCCAAAGGCCCCUUGAAAAGGUUUCUCUGGUGCCUGGAGGCUGGGCAGGAAACCCUGAAGGCAUCUAGGAGGCCCCAGCCUGUGGAUUGGUGAGGGAAGACAGGCCCACUGGGGCCAGUGAAAGGAUGGGGGGAGGCGUGCCUCAGAGACCUGCGUUCCGGUCCCCUCUGCCCCGCUGGGAGCACAGGCUCGCAGUCCUCCCUCCUGCGGGAUGGAGCGGCAGGUCCACAUGCUCUGUUCUCUGGCUCAGCCCUGUCUGACUCUCCUCUUUCCUGUCCGAGGCUUUGGGCGGGUGGCAGCCCUUUCCUGCCGGCCCUCUGCCCACCCUCGCUCUCUGGCUCCACCCAGCCCCCGCCAAUCUGUGAACCUCCCGGGAGCCUUGGCCCCUCCGAGUCCCCUGGGAGGCCCUGGGCUGACCCGAGAGCCCAGGGCCCCGGGAGGAGUGGCCAGCGGUGAGGAAUCCCAGAAGCCCCUCCGAGGGAGACCCCUCCAGAGACCUCCAGGAAGAGAUCACCGCGACAUAGGUGCAGGAGCCCCUCAUGGAGCCCCCAGGCAAGCGGCCCCUGCAGGAGCUCCCCGCAGAAGAGUCCGUGUCUGAGGACUCAAGUACCAAGGCGGCUCCCAGCAGGCAUGUUCUCUACGUGGGCCACCUGAACCCCCAGUUCUCAGUGCCUGUGCUCGCCUGCCUGCUGCGAGACGCCCUGGAGCAGCUGGAGCUGCUGGUGGCGCGGGAGCACAUCCAGGUGGUGAGGCAGCCACGCAAGGCCUACGCGCUGGUGCAGGUGGCCGCCCACGAGGACACCCUGGCCUCCCUGCCCUGGCGCCUACGCACGGCCUUGGAGGAGCACCAGGUCAUCCAGGAGCUGGUGGCCCCUGGGAAGGAGCUGGUGCUGGGUGAGGGCCGGGAGCCCUCAAACCGCAGAGAGCAGAAGGAAGACAGCAGCCCAAGCCCCAGCCCCAGCCCCAUCCUGGGCUCCAGGCCCCGGCUGGCCUGGCUCGCCGGACCCCUUCCUACCCAGGUCCCCACCCCACGGCAGGACUCCCCAGGCCGGCCCAGUGGCACGCGCUCAGACAGCGCCAUCGCGCACCAAGAGAUCCUGGGCCAGGAGCGCCUCUUCCAGGGCGCCUUCCUGGGCAGCGAGACACGCAACGUGGAGUUCAAGAGGGGGGGCGGCGAGUACCUGAGCCAGGCCUUCAAGCACCACCUGCGUCGCUACGUGUGCGCCUUCCUCAACAGCGAGGGCGGCAGCCUGCUGGUGGGCGUGGAGGACAGUGGCCUGGUGCAGGGCAUCCGCUGCAGCCACCGUGACGAGGACCGCGUGCGCCUGCUGGUGGACUCCAUCCUGCAGGGCUUCAACCCCCAGGUCUUCCCUGACGCUUACAAGCUCACCUUCAUCCCCGUGGUCAGCACCUCUGCCACCGGCACCCCCCUCAAGGUGAUCCGCCUGAGCGUGCACGCCCCCAAGGCCCAGGCCCAGCCGCAGCUCUACGAGACGGACCAGGGGGAGGUGUUCCUGCGGCGGGACGGGAGCAUCCAGGGCCCCCUAUCCGUACGCGCCAUCCAGGAGUGGGGCAGGCAGAAGUGGACGGCUGAGCUGAGCAAGCUGGAGGAGAGGCUGCGGGUGCUGACAGCCGAGAAGGAGCAGCUCCAGCAGCAGCUGCAGCGGUACAAGCCCAUCUCCUGCACCUGCUGCGUCCUGUGAGGGCCCAGCGCUCUACCUGGAACACACAGGGCCGUCCUACUGACCCUAGGUCCCCCCAGUAAAACCAGUCUGGGCUGCUCAGAGGUGGAUGGGAGCUCUGCACUUGCUGGCUCCUUCUACAACAGUGUGCUCACACGGGCUGGUCCCCAUGUGGUGUCAGUCCUGAGCAGACCCUGAUCUGUGUAGCUGAGAAACUGUGCUUAGCACGAUCCCCAAGGCAACUUACUUUCAGAAAGAACGUGUAAAAACUUGGCCAGCGCUCUCCUUGGGCUGAGCUGUAAGGGACUGUCCCUCUGGGUCUCUGACUCCCGUUGGCUAGGCAGGUCCAGAAAGGGACUUGUCACCUUGGGAAAGCCCCUCUGCAGAUGGCAAAGUACACUGAUAACUGCGGUUACAGGGUGGACAGGCCACCCUGCAGACCCACCCCUGGCUUGCUGGGAUUUGGGACUGUCAAAGCUCUGUAAUAAAUCACAUGCCCCCAGGCAAGAAUGGUUCUUUCUAGAACACUUGGCUGGUUGGAUGCAGCUGGGUAGAGUCCCAUGCCCAGCCCAUUUCUGUCCAGGGGGCCCUGAGUUCCUCCCCCUACAAAGCUAAGGAGUAAGGGGGUAAGGAGCCUGGAUGGUUGGGUCCCAGUCCAUCUCUGCCUUGAAGACGGGUACCUUAGGGCAAAUCACAAUACUUCUGCUUUAGUUUCUUCAUCUACAGGACAAUAGGGGACAGCUGGCACCCUGCUUCUCUCCAGCACACACCAACACCUGCACAGGGAGGGUCUGACUUCCAUUCCAUGCACCCUCCAGCCACUGGAGAGGAUUCCUGCUCUGGCCAUUUCCCCUGUCAUCUCCACCAGUGGAGCCAGAGGCUCUAUAAAGCCAACAUCUGCACCCGGGCAAGAAUGGUUCUUUCUAGAACAUGCCUGGGCUCAAAGACCUCCAAGAGCUCCCCAUCUCACCAAGAGCAAAGCCCAAAUAUCAGUCUACACAAUCCCCCCUGACUUGGCUCACCUGCCCUCAAGGCCUCCUGCCUCUUGCUACUGCAUUCCAGCUACACUGACCAACUUGUUUCAUGAGCACACCGGCCUCAGGGCCUUUGCACUGGCUGCUUCCACCGCCUGGAAUACUCCACCCUCAAGUGGAGAGGAAAGGAACCUCCCUACCCAUUCUAUUGCAAAUUACUCUCUUCUUCCCUGCUUCCAUCUUUUUCUUUCUGCAGAGCACCUGUCAGUCACACUGUAGCUUUUAUUUGUUGUUUCCUCCUCACUAGGAUGCAUGCUCAUGGGGACAGGGAUUUUGGUCUGUUUUGUCCACUGCUUUAAGUUUAGAAACUAAAACGUAGCUGGCAUGCGGCAGAUGCCCAGUAAAUAUUUGCUGAUGAAAGCAUCAAGGAUACUCCUAAAUGUGGGGCCUGAGGCCCUAGAAAACCAUGAAACUUUGUCGAAGAGGGUAUUUCACAGGACUGGGGGUCCAUGGAACACACUUCAGUGAUCCCCUCUCCCUCCCCCAGCCUAGAGGUCCUUGGCCACAUCCAUGGAGUAGACAACAGAGGACCCCUCGUGGGCCAAUCACAACUGCUCUGAAACUUGGUUUUCCCAUUUACCAAACACACUGGUUAUAGGGACCAAAGGUGGUAAUGGAUGCCCAUCUCAUGAUGGACUACCGACCCACUGAACUGCUCGGGGUCACUGACCUUAGGGCCUGAGCCAGCUUCUCAGAAGCCACUGCACAGAGGGGCUUCCCUGGUGGUGCAGUGGUUAAGAAUCCGCCUGCCAAUGAAGGAGACACGGGUUCGAGCCCUGGUCCAGGAAGAUCCCACAUGCUGUGGAACAACUAAGCCCAUGCACCACAACUACUGAGCCUGUG